AUGCAUCUGGAUUCUACGUGGAAAAGUUAUGAUGAUAAUGAUGAUAAUGAUGAUAAUGAUGAUAAUGAUGAUAAUGAUGAUAAUGAUGAUAAUGAUGAUAAUGAUGAUAAUGAUGAUAAUGAUGAUAAUGAUGAUAAUGAUGAUAAUGAUGAUAAUGAUGAUAAUGAUGAUAUGAAUAAAUCAAUAAAUAACUACCUAGGUAAUAACAAAACCUCAUAA